AUGUCUCUGCUUCCUGCUCCCAAGAUGAAAUGUGGAGAUGGCCUUGGCACGCCUCACGGUGGAGAUGUCUCGUGGGCUUCUGCUGCAGCACUGGCACAACUGCACUUCGCUUCCAGGCUUUCUCCCAUGGGCGCUCAGAAGGACGCUCACCAAGGCACGCGAGGAGAAGGAGGCGACUUCUGGGUGGGAAUCCACAUGCAGAGCGGCCUGGCGAGAACAACUGUCAACAAACAGUGCAUCCCACCGCGGGCUGGACGAGGAUCAAUGGGCCUGGAAGAACUGAACGGAAGGAAGAAUUGGGUAGUAACAAUACGCGUGUUUUUUGAGUCACCAUGCUUCUUCGUUCGUGGUCCCCGUCUUCAGCUGGACAACGUUCCUUUGUCUUUUUAUGCUUUCCAGCGGCCCGUCACUAGUGUGUCCUUCUACUAA